AUGCGAUUCCUUAUGAAUUAUCAAAAUAUUCCAAAUGAUGAUGUUUUUGAUGACUCAGAGUUGUUACUUAUAAAAUAUGCAAGAUCUUUUUAUAAAACCUUUAAAAAAAAUAUUAAAUUUAUUCAAAUAUUAUUCCCUUCUUAUAAGCCUCAUUAUGUUACCAUAAUAUUUUCUAUAUUCUUAUAUAUAUUUUUCUUUGGAUAUAACAUUUAUUUUUUUAAUAAAUACAACCCUUUAUUUAUUAGAGAAGAUGUGUUAAUAAAUAUUGGAAUAAAUAGGGAAAUCAUUUCAAAUAAAUUACAUUUCCACAAACUUAUAACUGCGACCUUAGUUCAUCCCAAUAUAUGGAGUUUGAUAAUUAAUACAUAUUACUUAAUCAACCUUGGGAUAACUGUUGAGAAAGGAUAUGGACGGAUUCACACUAUAGCAUUAAUGUUGUUUAGUUCGAUAUGUGGGAAUUUAUUAAUGUGUGCAACAGCAAAUUGCAAUGAGGCCCAAUUAGGAACCAGCACUAUACUAUCUGGAAUUAUGGGUCUUUUUUUACAAGAAGUAACAUCGAAUUUUAAAAAAAUUAAAGGAAAAAUCGAAAUUAUAGGGACUUAUUUAUUUACGAUCGUACCAAUGUAUUUGACAAUAGCCAUGUUCCCACAUAAUGGAAACAUUAUGGGAAACCUUGGAGGACUGUUCGGGGGCUAUUGCUACCCAUACAUUUUUAAUGUAAUUAGAAUGAAUAGAGGGCCAGGAAAUACCGCAAGAUUAGUACACAUUGGAUUAAUGGGCUUAUUUUUAAUUUCGUUAAUACUUAGUCUGUUAAUUAUUAAGUGCUAA